AUGCCUACAACUCGCCAAAGCAAGGUUGUCAAAACACCCGAGUUCAUCGAGAGUGACUCUGAUGAUUCCAACGGUUCUGGUGAUUAUGAUGAUGAAGACAAAAAUACCAGCAGGUCUGAAGCUUCCAAAGAGGAAGCCAUAGAAUCUCCGGAACCUACACCAAGCAAGAAGAAGAAGUCGAAAGCCACUUCAGCAAAGGCUGAAACUGUUGGUAAAAAAAGGACCCAUAGAUCGGCUCAGGAUUCCGAUGAGGAUCCAUUUGUAGUCAAGUCUCCUGCUAAAAAAAUGCGCAAAACUCCCAAAGGAAAACACUCCAAGUCUUCUAGCAAGGUCUCAUCCAAGAAGACAGACGUAUCUGACAGCUCUUCUCGUGGGAGCUCAGAUGAAAUGGACGUUGAACUUGAUUCUUCUCCCUUGUCCAAAAAGAGCGUACCCUACGGGAAAGAAUUUGACAAGUUGAUAAAAUCUGAGGUGCUUCUCAAAGACCUAGUACGAGAUCCCGUUCCAUCUUACCCAAAGCUCCGUAAAUGUGGUAUCUUCAAAGCAGCGCUUGUCGAUAAAUUUAUGAAGAUGACAUAUGGUGCUCCUUUGGUCAAUCUGCCAUCUGGCAAAGCGUUCAUUUCCUGGAAGGGUACUCCCAAGGAUGAUGAAUCGGGCGAAGUCAUAGGAAUGGCAUCCCUGACAAAGCUGAAGAAAGCGUACCCAAGAUUCGAUAUAAAAUAUCUUGUACGCCUCGCCACCUUUAUUAUGGACUGUGAAAAGAAUGUGGUCAACCUGUCCCGAAUUGAUCCAUGUCAGUUGACUAGCAGGGAAGUUGGUGAUCGUGGGAGUCGUAUGGUUUAUAUUAGAGACCGCAAACGGCCCGCUCUCUGCGUCUCCCUUAUUGUUGUUGGAGAAGACCACACCGAAACACCUAAGGCAUCUGGCGAUACAUACAGCAAAUUCAUCACUGGAACACCUUUGAUGUUGGAAUAUGAACACAUGGUAGCUGUACUGUGCAUGGUUCAUGAUGUGGACUCUAUGCGAGCACAGAUUGUUGAUAAUGAAUUGACUUUCUCCACCAGAAUGGAAAAAUUCAGCCAAUCACCUCGAAAACGUACUCAAAAGGACCUCUUCUCCUCUUUUCGAAGUGAUGCUACAACAAGCAACAAUAGCCCCACACAGCAAUUUACGUACAGUACCCUCGGCGCUUCUGAUCAAGUUCCCGUCCUUGAUGCCACUAAUUUGGACAAGCCUACUUGUGGGUGUGGGCCAGUGCUUUGCAUGGCAUGUAUGAGUCCUUCCCAUGGACCUCCAAUGCUGAAAAUAUGUAGAAUAAGUUUUUCUUCAAAAAGGCAUAUUUUAACAUUUUCAUUAACAAUAGAUGCAAGCCACAGUAGCUUAAACCAAAUUAGUGUGAAAUAA